AUGGACGACGAACGUCUACCCAAACGACUCUUCUACAGAGAUGUUGCCACGGACUCCCGCCAACAAAAGGACCAAGGAGGUCUUUACAAGGACACUCUGCAGACUUCCCUGAAGCGUCGGCAAGUCGACCUGGCCAGCUGGGAAGACCUCGCCCGAGACCGGUUGGCCUGGAAGAGGACUGUGAAAACAGGCGCAGCCAUCUAUGAAGCCAACUACAUCGCUACCGCCAAAUCCAAGUGCGAGGCUCGCAACUCCCAACUGCACCUACCUCGCAACGCCAACGCUUAA